UGCAGCAAGGAAUUAAAUCAUUAUUUUUAAAAUAAAAUAUAAAUGGACAAGUACGCGAUUCCAAAUAAGCUUCCAUCAAAGCAAGUCAACAUAUUAGCACGUAGGAAGAAGAGAAUCACACAAAAACAGGGUGCAUUACAGAAGAAAACAUCAACAAAAAAGAAGUUUGAUGUAAAAAGUGAGGAACAUUUUAAGAAACCAGAAUUUUUCAUAGCUGAAUAUCGUAAAGCAGAGCGAGAUGAUAAAAGAAUCAAGCGAGAAUUGAUGAAAAAUGGAAUUAAAAGAAGCUUCAUGAAGGAAGGAUCUUUAGUUCUCGUUUUGAGACAUCGAGGAACACACAUAGCAUCAAAACAAUGCAUAACAUUAAUGAACCAACUUGGAAUUAGACGAUUGCAUCAAGCAGUUCUGCUUAGAAUGACAACAGAUGUACAGGCAUCGCUUAGUCUAAUUGAGCCAUACAUAAUUUAUGGAACUCCAAAUGCAGGCAUUGUACGUGAACUAAUAUUCAAGUAUGGAUUUAUGAAAUAUAAUGAAAAGAAGACCCCAAUAUCCAGCAAUACACAAGUUGAGGAGUUAUUUGGUAAAAGCGGCAUUAUUUGUGUUGAGGAUAUACUGCAUGAGAUAAAUACAGUCGGUCCAAAUUUCGAUAAAGUCAUGAAAUGUAUUUAUCCAUUCAUUCUUCCAAAUCCAAAAGAUGGUUGGGUUGGAAAGAAAGGAUUAAAAUUCGAUAAAGGAGGAAUCGCUGGACAUCGCGGAGAUAAAAUUAAUGAUUUCAUGAAAACUAUACUUUAAGGCAUUAUAACAUAUGAAUUCUGUUUAUAAACAACCGAGAUAAUAAAUUUCUAUGAACUUGAA